CUUUGAUCCGUUAGUUUUGUGGGCCCAAAAAAAUUGACAAGGUCCAAACUCAAAUUCAAAUUGUGAAGCCACUCAUUUUAACGGUCAGGACGCAUUCGAAACCACCAGCUUCGGGCCUCUCUUCCGAUCUUGAACUGCGUUUUCAAGCUUCUCCUCCUCCCCCUUCUUGAGAUCCAUAAUCUUUGAGUACUUUUCAUCGAAAGUUGAGGCUUUACCUCCAUGGCAACUCCCAGCUGCUCGUUGAACACUCCAAAAACUUCCAAUUCUUGCACCCCUCUGAAAACUUCAAACCCCAAGUCAAUCUCCAAGGUCAGGGUCAUCAUAAGAGUUCGACCCUUUCUUCCUCAUGAAAUAUCUGCAAGAAAUGGAAAUUCAAGCUCAUGCAUCUCCUUUCUGGACCACGACUCUGAAUCCCCGGAGGAAAUCACUGUCUAUCUCAAAGACCCUGAAACCAGCCGAAAGGAGUGUUAUCAGUUGGAUUCCUUCUUUGGCCAAGAGGAUAACAAUGUGGGCCAGAUUUUCCAUAGAGAAGUAAGCCCUUUGAUUUCAGGUGUCUUCAACGGCUGCAAUGCAACUGUGUUCGCUUAUGGAGCUACUGGAAGUGGAAAAACAUACACUAUGCAGGGCACUGAGGAACAACCUGGCUUAAUGCCAUUAGCAAUGUCUGCGAUCCUGUCCAUAUGCCAAAGCACUGGUUGUACAGCACAUAUUUCAUACUAUGAGGUUUAUAUGGACAGAUGCUACGACCUCUUGGAGGUCAAAGCAAAGGAGAUUUCAGUGAUGGAUGACAAAGAUGGACAAAUCCACCUCAGGGGACUCUCUCAGGUUCCCAUACAUACAAUGUCUGAAUUUAUGGAGACAUUUUCUACUGCUGUGCAGAGAAGGAAAGUUGCACACACAGGCCUCAAUGAUGUCUCAAGUAGGAGUCAUGGAGUGCUUUUGAUUUCUGUCUUCAAUCCUUCCACUGAUGGCACUAAAGGGUCUGUGUGUGGGAAGUUGAAUCUCAUAGACUUGGCAGGUAACGAAGACAACAAAAGAACUUGCAAUGAAGGAAUUCGUCUCCAAGAAAGUGCCAAAAUAAACCAGUCUCUGUUUGCUUUGUCUAAUGUGAUAUAUGCAUUGAACAAUAACAAACCUCGAGUGCCUUAUCGAGAAACCAAGUUGACCCGGAUAUUGCAGGACUCUCUAGGAGGAACUAGCCGUGCACUUAUGGUUGCUUGCUUGAAUCCAGGAGAAUACCAGGAGUCUGUUCAUACGGUGAGUUUGGCUGCCAGGUCAAGGCAUAUCUCCAAUUUUGUACCUUCGACUCAGAAACAAGAGACCCCAAAAGUCAGAGUUGACAUGGAAGCCAAAUUAAGAGCUUGGCUAGAAUCAAAAGGCAAAACAAAGAGCUCACAAAGACUUGCAGCAUUUAAUUCUCCAUGUUUAAGGAAAACUCCCAAGUCCAUAAACUCUGCCAAGAGAUCUGUCACCUUUGUGAGUUCUGUGAAGGGAGGAGGUACUGUGAUAAGCCAAAAUGCCGAACGAACAAAAGAAAGGGCUUUUGCAGUGGCUUUUAGGAAUCUGCCAGAUGGUGAAGGCACCUUUGAUUUUUGUUUCGAGAGCCCACAUCACGGUGAUAUGGACAAUAGAGAAGAGGCUGUUACCAAUGAGGCUGCAUCAGAAUCCAAUAAUUAUCCACGAGUGGAGUCAUUGGCCAAGGAGGAGAACUCACCAAUUAUGAACAGAAGAAAAGAUUAUUGGUCAACCACCACUGACAAUGAAAAUACAUUACGAAGUCCUCUCAGAAAGGCACUCUCUCCCAUCAAUAUCAAUGAGAUCCAAAAUAACAGCACUCCACUUGACAAAUUCAGUGCAAGGAGUUCUACAUUGAAGAACUGUCUAGUUCAGGAAUAUGUUUAUUUCUUGAACAAUGCGAGCAGAAGGGAACUGCUUGAGUUGAAGGGUAUAGGAGAGAAAAUGGCAGAAUAUAUAAUAGAUCUCAGAGUCGAAAGCCCUAUAAAAUCUUUAAAUGAUUUGGAGAAGAUUGGCCUCUCUUCCAAACAGGCUUACAACUUGUUCACUAAAGCUGCAAGAACGAUAUUCGAAGACAAUGCAAAAGAAACAAGUGCAACAGUGACUUGCUGACUUGGCUGCGUUUUAUUAGCCAAGAUCAAAUGUAAUUUAUUACUACUCCAAAUUCUUUUCUUGUUUAUUAAAUUGCAUUAUCCUCUGCUGCUAGCAACAUCCUCAAUGUUGCCUUGUGUUCGUGCGUGUACCAUAGUGGAGAACAACAAUGUGCAUGUUUGCCUAUAUGCUGCCUAUAUGUUCUUUUUAACUUUGUUCGUGUUAAGUUAAAUUAAUCAUUCAACUUUUAAUUGAUACGUAACAUGUUAUUUGCCAUGUUAACAAAUACUGAUUGGAAAGAUGACCAAGUCAGAUGAUCUGAGUUUUCAUAAUAUUAUAUUUAUACAAUAUGUAUUGAUGCAGAUGAUGUAUGAGCACCAACCCAAGCUCCAAGGCAAGCACUUGAAAAAUACUAUAUUAUGAAUUAACUAAUAAUUAA